AUGGGCCUCCUCGACAAGAUCCCAGGCGAGUUGAACCUGUUCAUCGGAGGGCUGUUCACGUUACGCCGCAAGCAGGCACUGCAAGACAGCGGCAUCACCCAUGUCGUCUCUGUUCUAAGACUUCCGUUGGAUCAGGAGCAGUUCAAGGAUUUUGCGCACAAGGUCGUGGAAGUUGAUGAUGUGGAUGAUGAGAACUUGUUAGAGCAUUUUCCGGCUUGUAACAAGUUCAUUCAGGAUGGACUGGAUGGGGGUGGAGGGGUGCUGGUGCAUUGUGCCAUGGGCAAAAGCCGCUCGGCAACAGUUGUUUGUGCAUACCUGAUGCAACGAUAUGGGAUUACUCCGAUGGAUGCACUGUCACAAAUCCGCGAAGCGAGACCUUUCUGUGAACCCAACGAGGGCUUCAUGAAGCAGCUCGAUCUCUACCAUAGCAUGGCAACCCCUGAGAACGUCGAAGAGACGCCCGCGUAUCAGCGGUGGCUGUACGAGCGCGAGGUCGAGAUGAGCAGAGCGUGCGGUCAAGCGCCUGCGCCCGAGAACAUUAGAUUCGAGGACGAGCAUGAUCAAGGAACGUCACCAGCCGACUAUGAACUUCGAUGCCGGAAGUGCAGACGGACGCUAGCGACAUCACUCUACGUGGUAGCUCUCCACAAGAACACCAAAGACCAACAGCCCUCCAGACCCGGCAGCGAAUGUUCCCACUACUUCCUCGACCCGCUAUCCUGGAUGCGACCUGAACUCGAAGCCGGCAAGAUGGACGGCCGCCUCGAGUGUCCGAAAUGCAAGACGAACGUCGGCAAGUAUGCAUGGCAAGGCAUGCAGUGCAGCUGCGGCGAUUGGGUCGUUCCUGGGAUUAGUCUGGCCAAAGGCAAGAUCGAUGAGGUCAAGUCGCGACCUGCUGGAUCUGCAGCGCUGGGGAUCCGGAUGCCUCCUUCGUCGACGGGGAGGAAAGGCGGGCCGGGGCAGCAGAAUCUGUAG